AUGGAACAAGCGUCGCUAUUGAAAAAUAAUGCAGUCUUGGAAGAAAAGUGCCGCAUAGGUGACCGGAGAUUUGACGAGUUAAAUGUGGCAUAUAGAAGUCUUGAAGAACAAUAUUUGCAGUUCAAGAGUAGCGCGGAAGAGCAGUACUAUAGAGAAAUAAAAGUACGUGAUGAGAGUAUUGAUCAUAUGCAACGAAGGAUUGUCGAUUUGGUUCACCGAAACGAAUCUCGGUCAUCAACUUCGGAAAAAUCAGAUUCUCUUAAUAAUUUGUCUGUAUGGGAUGUGAUGCCAAGAGAAGCACAAACUUUGUUUGAAUCGUUAAGGAAGCGUUACAAGGAGGUGAUUGAAGUAGUUAACAUGAUGAAAGCAGCUCCAUUUACUGCAAACACUGGGAAUGAUUUUCAUCGUUUAAAGCCUUUGGUAGACAAGGCAACUAGUUGCGAGAGUCUGCUGGAUAAAGUCGAUUCAGUUUUACAUAAUUUGUCUUGCGUCUCAUCUGGAACUGAUAUGCUUCAAACGGGAACUCCCUUAGAAAAUUCUUUGUUAGAUGGCAAAAGGGAAGAAACCACAGACGUUUGUUUAAAAUGUUUAGUGGAUUGUCUCGCCACUGCAGUGGAGAAGGGAAGACAACAGGUUGUGCUUGAUAUUCAACAACUUUUGAAGGUGCUUCUUGUUGAAGUGCUCAGAAGUAAUGGAGAUUAUUCUGUGGCUGAUAAAUUGGUUAAAGAGUUCUUUGUGAAGGUGGGAAAUCUUUUAAAAGAAGAUUGUGAGAAGUUGGAACGCAUGGAAGAGAUGGUUCAUGAAAAGGAUACCAUAAUCAGAGAAACUGGGCAGCAGAAAGAAGAGACUCUUCGUUUGCUUGAGCAAAAGAAUUACGAAUGUUCUGCUUUACGAACAGAUUUGAAACAGAGCGAGGACAAUAACGAAAUUCUUAGCGAAAGAAAUGAAGCCUUGGAAAAUACGUUGAAGGAAGCGAAAAAAAUGCUUCAAGAGAAAGCUAAAUAUGGUUCUAUGGCUGCAGAAUUUUUAAAUGAGUAUGAUGAUGAGAUUGGGAAGUUAGAAUCUCUUCGUGUGGAACAGAAUGAAAAAAUUGCAGAGCAGGCUGGCAAGAUCGAGGAACUUGAAAGAUUGGGUGAUCAGAAAGAUGCUGAAAUAGACAGAUUAAAAUCCGUUGUAAAGAAUUACAUAAAAAAAUGCUCGACUUUGGAAGAGGAUUCAAAAAAAAAAGAAAAAAAAGCUUCUCAUUUGAAGAAAAAGUAUGAAGAACUAAAAGUUCUUUUUUUGCAAGUGGAGGAAGCAGCCAAUUCAAUAUUUUCUAAAAACGAGGGACUUGUAGAUACAAAUACGAAAAGACAGCAAAAAAUUGAUUUUCUGUGCAAAUUCCUUUGCCGUCACGGUGUGAAUGUAGAAAGGCUUGUUACGCCCGAAAUCGACGCAACAGAUCAAUCUUCAAAACCAAAGGAUGAUUUGGUGCAGCAGCACGCUGAGGUGGUAAUGAAAUCUGGGGAAGAAAAUCUAGCAGUUUCCGAAAGUGAGAUGAGGAGGUUAGCUGCAGUACUACAAAAGUUCACAUUUGCUCAGCAGGCUUUGCAUGUUUCAAAUACUACUUUCCCUCACAGUGAGGAACUGUUCUUCUCAGAUUUGGUACUAAGAUUUCUAUUAGGCAAAGCCUUACCGGUGAAACAAUCGGGCUGCAGAAUGUGUGGAAGGUUCGCAGGUAGUUCUGGUGCGGCUUGGCGAUCGAAGGAUGUGGAUUAUGUCAAUGAAAAGGAACAAAAAUGCCGCGUCGAUAAAAUUGAGCUGCCCGCUCUUGACGCGUCAAUGACAAUUUAG